AAGUCCGCGGGCUGCGGGCGGCAGCGGUGGCCGGGCCGGGGAUGCAGCUCCCGGCAGCGCCGGGCGCGCUCGCCCCUUCCCUGCUCGCCAUCCCGGUGGCCUUCGGCAUCAAUGGAGCGGCCGCCCUGGCAGAGAGCCCGCUGGUGCUGGUGCUGACGGGGCUGCUGGUGUCCGCCAGCCUCUUCUCCAUCAUCUUCUUCAUAAGCGGAGGGAGCCACUUCCAGGACCCCCUGUUCUGCGUGUUUGUGGUGUUCUCCUUCACCUCCAUCGUCGACCUGAUCAUCGCGCUGGAGGAGGAUGGCUUCAUCUCUGGCUUCAUGGAGGUCUACGUCAGAGAGGGUGAGCCCUACCUGCGCACGGCGCACGGGAUCAUGAUCUGUUACUGGGAUGGAAUCAUCCACUACGGGCUCUACCUCGCCAUGACAGCGGCCAUCGGCCAGAGAAGGAACUACAGGAACCUGGGUCUCUUCUGGCUGGGCUCUCUGAUGAUGAGCAUCAUCGUCUUCCUGCUUGGGAACCUCAUAGGGAAAUACAGCUCUGACCUCAGCCCUGCCUUCCUGCUCAACCUGCCCUACAUCCUCAUCCCCCUCUGGGCUGGGCUGAGGCUAUUCCAGCAGCCCAAGGCCCUGCCAUGCCUCAGCCCCGAGAAGGUGGCAGAGGAGCAGCGCAAGCGCCUGUACCAGCGGCCCCAGGACAUGGGGCUGGUCCUGCUCCUGCUCCUCAUCGCUGCGUUCACCUUCUUCAGGGGGAUGGUGGUUCUGGACUGCCCUGCUGAUUCCUGCUUCGAGUACAUCUACCAGCACGAGCCGUACCUGCGGGACCCCGUCGCCUACCCCAAAGUGCAGAUGCUGAUCUUUAUGUUCUACGUCCUCCCCUUCUUCUGCCUCUGCAUCUACGGGCUGGUGCUGCCCGGCUGCUCCUGGCUGCCCGACUGGAGCCUCGUGUUUGCUGGUGCCGUGGCACAGAUGUGUCCCCGAAGCCCCUGGGCUGCUCUCCCUGCAGCUCUGCUGCUCCUCACCUGCGUCCUCGCCUCUGACACGGUGCCCAGCGCCCGGGGAAGGAAGAAGGUGGUCCAUGUCAUGGAGGGUGACAGCGGGGCCGUGGUGGUGCAAACAGCACCAGGGAAGGUGGUGACCCACCGGGGCGGCACCAUCAUCCUGCCCUGCCGCUACCACUACGAUGUGUCUGCGCACGACCCGGCCGAGAUCCGCCUCAAGUGGACCAAGGUGACGGAGCCGAUGGCCUUCGUGGACGUGUUCGUGGCGCUGGGCAAGGCGCGGCGGGCGUUCGGCAGCUACCGCGGGCGCACGGCGCUGCAGGAGGACGGCUUCGGCGACGCCUCGCUCAUCAUCCGCAACGUCACCCUGCAAGACUACGGCCGCUACGAGUGCGAGGUCACCAACGAGCUGGAGGAUGACGCCGGCAUGGUCAAGCUGGACCUCGAAGGCGUCAUCUUCCCCUACCACCCGCGCCUGGGCCGCUACACCCUGAACUUCCAUGAGGCCCAGCAGGCGUGCCUGGAGCAGGACGGGAUCCUGGCCUCACACGAUCAGUUGCACCAGGCCUGGCUGGAGGGCAUGGACUGGUGCAACGCCGGCUGGCUGGAGGACGGCUCCGUACAGUAUCCCAUCUCCCGGCCGCGGGAGGAGUGCGGCCGCAAGGAUACACCGGUGGGGGUCCGGAACUACGGGUACCGGCACAAGGAGAGCGAGCACUACGAUGCCUUCUGCUUCACCUCCAACCUCAAUGGCAAAGUGUACUUCUUGAAGACGUACCGCAAGCUGAGCUACGCCGAGGCGGUGCAGGCCUGCAAGAACAACGGGGCGGCCGUGGCCAAGGUGGGUCAGCUCUACGCUGCCUGGAAGAUCCAGCUGCUGGACCGCUGCGAGGCGGGCUGGCUGGAGGACGGCAGCAUCCGCUACCCCAUCGUCAACCCGCGGGCACGCUGCGGCGGCCGGGAGCCCGGCGUGCGCAACCUGGGCUUCCCCGACAAGAAGUACAAGCUUUUUGGGGUUUAUUGCUUUAAAAAGGCCGGGGAGGCUGCUCCGGAGAAGGCGCUGGGUGGGGGGGGGCACCCCAAUCGUGUGUGAGGGUCACCCUCUGCGGCAGCGCCCCAACCUUUUUGGCCAGGACAACCCCGUCUCUGUGUGUUGGGCUCCCUGGUGCUGCUGCCCCGCGGCGUGGGGAGCUGCAGGCAGCUCCUGCGUUGGACUGGGAGAGGUGUCCACGCGCUACCGGUGCAGGAGCUGCGCACGAAGCCUGGUGAUGCUUGGGGAAGGUGAGGCAGCGGGAGGGGAGCAGCUUCAUUGACCCAGCCAGGAGCCUGCGCUCGGACCCAGGGCUGGCGCCCAGCUCAUCGCAGCUCUUGCUUGUCAAUCAGCGCAUUGCAUGUGCUAAAGGCGCAUCCAGAGCAAAGCAGGCUUGAGCCUCACAGUGUCCUCAUCCUCAUGUCCACGGUCUCCAGCUCCGAGCUGUCCCUGAGGCCAUGCAGCACUGAACC